CGAUGGAGAUAUGGAACAGAGCCCGCGGCGUCGCCGAGGAGGCCGCGAAGCGAUCGCAGGAUCUCACGAUCGGCGGCGCGUCGAAGCUCUCCGACAUCGUCUCCGACACCGCCAAGCGCUCCAGGGAGAUCAUCACCGCCGAGGCCUCCAAGCGAGCCGAUCACAUCAAGCAAUUAGCCGCCGAAGCCUUUGCUCCAUCGCUAGCGCAGCUACCUGCGGCGGAGAGUCAACGAGAAGAAGAGAAGGAUCUGGAAGCGUUUGGAAUCACCGAGGAGUUGAGAGACUUCGCUAACGGGAUCACUUUGGUCACCUUCAAAGAUUUUCCGAUUCCAGAUGAUACGAAAUUCUCUGACGUGCCAACAGUCACAAAUGUUAGGCAGGAUCUUACAGAGUGGCAAGAAAAGCAUGCCCAUCUUGUUCUUUUGAAUGUCGAGGAAAUCUCAAAAUUAAGAUACGAAUUGUGUCCACGGGUUAUGACAGAAAGGAAAUUUUGGAGGAUAUAUUUCAUACUAGUUAACAAUCAUGUGGCACCCUAUGAGAAGCGGUACCUGGAUAAUGGUAAUCUAAAGUCAACUGAACAGUUUCCAGAUGACAGAGUAAAGGAACCUGCUAAAGUUGAAAUAACUUCUAAAGCAGAGGAUAAGGAAGACAAAAAUCACAGUAAAACUUCAACCUCAUCAACUACAGAGCAAGACUUGGAUGCAUUUCUCCUGGGAGAUAGUGAUGAUGAUCCAGAUGAUGGUGAUGGUAACAUUGAUGAUGAUUUUGACAAAUUAGUGGACGGAUUGGUAAGCUAUCAUUUCCCUAGCUCCAGUUAAUAGCAAAUUUAGUGUUGUAUUAUUUACUCAGUAAUUGUAUAUUGUGCCUCUGAUGUCAUGUUGCUAGCAAGUGAAAGUUCAAAAUCAGCUCCCCAAUAUUUGGAAAGAAUUCUCUUUCUAGUUCUUAAGAUAGUGUGUAUCUUGCCAAAUGAGAACUUUUUCCACUUUCAGGAGAAGUAAAAGAGUGUUCUUGUAUAAGCUGAAGUUCUAACUAUCCCCCUUAGUUUUUGAAGUAAGACAUACAUGAUACCUGAUGCAUGAUAAUAUGCAAGAGUUUGGUUUAGGUUACCAUGCAUGUAUCUGUUGGGCAAUCAUAGGUGUUCUAAUACGUCUUUCACCAGCCUAAAAUGGCAAUUCAAAUUUGUUCUUUGGAUUUUACAUCUAUUAAUUAUUCAUUCAAUUUUAAUGCUGCCGCAUCUUUCAAACUUGCUGGAAUCACAGGAUGAAGAGAAAUGAAGGGCUCUCUCAUAAUCCGUAAAGAAUGAAACUGUUGUCAGCUUGACUCAACAGCAUGUGUACUGGAUGCUUCACUGAAGCAGCUUCAGGCCAUUCAAGGAAAUGGAAUAAAGGUCCAUCAUAGCCUCCUAGAUUCCCCCAUUAAUUAUUUCUUUUUUCUUUGUCCCUUUUGUGUAUAUAUUAUGAUCUGAUGUAUAUAUUCAGUCAGAAAGUAGGAAGAUAUGCAUUAUCAGCCUCUCAGGUUACAACUGAAUGCUAAUGAUGUUUAAUCGUGAUCUUUAAAGGUUUUAGAGCUAGGUUUUCCUCUACAACGUAAAUCGUUGCAAUACUCGAUCUUGUCUAAGAAUUCAAACACAAGGCAGAUUAGCAAUUCAGGUGAGUUUAGUUGACAGCACCAAAUUUUCCAGUUACCUUCAAAUAUACAAGUUACAUGGUUUUCAGAUUUUCUGGGAAGGUUCCUUGGAACUUGGAGGUUAUAGCUUGUACAGGUGUUUGCUUAACAGUCAAUUCAAUUUGUUUCCAUGGAGGAGACUAGAUCCAUAUGACCCGAGAUUCCCUGAGCAGUCAGAGUUGCUUGUAAGAUAAAAGGUGCCUAUUUCUUUCCAACUUAUUGAAGCCCUUCACAAAAAGUCACAAUGACUUGUGUUGUCUGUGUUUGGCCGUUUUUUCCACUCGUGUAGUCGUGUUUAGUUUCAGGCUGUCCUUGCUAUCACCUUAGGUGGAGGUUAAUUGUUGUUAUUUUUACUCAUGAGGUUACUUCAUCCCGGUAAAUACAUUUGAUUAUUCACCUGAAACGAAAA